AUGCCACUCAAAGUCAUCAUCGUAGGCGGUGGCAUUUCCGGCCUCUGCGCAGGAGUGUCCCUUUCUCAGGCCGGGCAUUCUGUCAAGGUUGGUACAUCCACACUCCAACAACUCCCGCUAAUCAAUAUGACCAGGUGCUCGAACGAUCCAAGUUCUCGAAUGAGGUCGGCGCCGGCAUCACUCUUGCUCCCAAUGGAGUCCUCGUCUUGAGGAAGAUGGGCUUUGAUUUCCAAAGGGCUAAAGGCUGCGAGUUGGCCAAUUGGAGCACCUUUGAGGGUGGCAGUCUGGAAACGAUGAGUGUUCAGGACCUGCACAAGGCGAAAGAGCGCUUUGGCGCGGAGUUUUACGGGUGAGCCAAGAUCCGCAGUCUUUUGAGCCAGACUAAGAUGCUGCCGCAAGGAUGCACCGAGUAGACCUACAACAGGAGCUGUUACGACUGGUGCGAAGCGAAGUCAAGUCUCAGGGCGACGAAUGCUCAGAGAUGGGAAGUAAGCCCGGUAUCAGCCUCCAGCUAAAUUCCAAAGUCGUCCGGAUCGACCCAGAUCUCGGCAGAGUGGAGCUCGAAAAUGGCACGGUGGAAGAAGCGGAUCUCGUCGUUGCCGCUGACGGCGUGCACUCUGCCAUACGUCAAAGGGUUUUUGGUGCUGUGGACUUCUCCGCACGGUCCACAAAUAUGAGUGCAUUUCGCUUCUUCAUCCCUCGCGAACAGAUGAUGCAGCUUGAGGCUGGCCGGAGGCUGGUCGAGUGGAAUGCGAGUCACACUGGCGCCACAAUGUUCGUCGAUACCACUGUCGGCAUGUAUGAGCGAUACAUCGCCUGGUACGAUGUCUCGGGGUAAGUGGUCGACACCGCCUCUUCUGCUUUUCGUGCAGCGAUGCUGAUCUAGGGUAGUGGAGAACUGCAGAACUUUGUAUGCAUCCAUCCGACCAGGACCGGAGACCGAGCAGUAGGAGGUAUCUCGAGGCCGGUCGCAGAUGGAAUCGUAAGCAUCGGCUGACGAGUUUACAGACACCAGAUCCCAAUUGCUGGAUGAGUACAAGCACUUCAACCAGGACCUCGUAGAGUUGAUCAGCCUCUCGGAGAAAGUGACGAGCUGGCCGCUGCUUGGGUGUCUACCUCUGCCAACGUGGACCAAGGGCAAGUUGGUGCUAAUUGGCGAUGCGGCUCAUCCGGUAAGUACAAGCAUUCAAGACCAGCGGCAAUAUGUUUUGACGUGCCACUUCAGAUGCUCACAUUCGGAGGGCAAGGGGCAAACCAAGCAGUGGAGGACGGCGGUGCACUAGGCGUGUUAUUCCGAAACAUGUCUAGCGCGGCAGAAGUCCCAGAGCGGUUGGCGCUGUUUGAACAGGUCCGGCACAAGCGCGCCUCCAGAGUGCAGCUGUUGUCAUCCGUUCGUGCCGGCAAUGAACAUCUGGUCAAGGAGGACAUGAAGCGUUUCAUGGAACCAGGAGUUGAUAUUCCCGAGACAUUUGCCGGGAGAGUUGCUCACGACUCCGGGUGA